AUGCGCCUUUUGUUCAGUUGUUUAGCAAAUACACUUUCCGUCUUACGAGUAACUACACUGUGCAAAUUAUAUGAAAAUGCUUUAUCAUUUUUCUCAAAGGCUGAUGCAAAUUCAAGAAUGAGUAACGGCAGUCGAACGGUACUCAUGAUAGCAGCUUCCCUAGGCUUCUCCGAGAUUCUACGCAUCCUUCUAUCUCAAGGUGCAUCUAUCAAUGCUAGUGACAGCGAUGGCAACUUUGCAAUUCAUUUAGCUGCUGAAUGUGGUCAAUUAGAAUGUGUUCGACUCCUUAUGGAAAAGAGAUGCCUUGCAAAUGUCGGAAAUAAACUUUAUCAUACUCCAUUAAUGUUAGCUGCCGCAGAGGGCCAUAUUCACAUUGUCAAUCACCUCCUUGACAAUGGAGUAAACAUGGCCUACAAAUUGAACAAAAAUAAGGAAUCUGAACUUUCUCUGGCUGCUCUGAAUAAUCACUCGGAAAUUGUGAAAGUUCUUACAGGUCGAGCCAAUGUGGACAUCAACAGACAGGAAGAAUUGAAUGCGACGUAUUCACUUGCUUUAUUGGAUUCCUCCAACGAAGUUAUCGAAGCAUUACUCUUCGCUGGUGCUGACGUCAACUACUGUAUGAUCGCGAAGGUUCCGACGAUUUUUAUAGCAAUUUCUCGCAAAAAUGUGCAAAUCGUCAAAACUUUGCACAAAUAUGGAGUUGAUCUCAAUGCGGUCGUUGAAGAUGGCUAUAGUGCCCUAAUGUACGCAACUGCAGAGGGUGAUGUCGAGAUUGUCAAAUAUUUAGUUUCCCAUGGUAAGCAGAAAUUCGUAGCUUGCCACACUAUUAUCGCCUUUUUUGUUCAAUUUCAAUCCCCUCAGAUCGAAAAAUUAUAA